AUGUCUCCUGUUACCGAGAUCAUCACGCUCAUCAGCAACCAUGCGAUGAAGACGACUUCCAACUUCCAGGAAGUUCUUGAGCUCUUGCGCCAGCCUACUAUUGAAGGCAUUCAAAAGAUGUACUGGGGUGGCCGCAUCCAGCAGCCCGGGGUUAGGCAGUGGUUCAUCAAUUGGGACCGCCGUCCUCAGGGGUCAGAGUCGACGGCCGCAACAAUGGCACAGGUCAAAGAGAAGCUUGACGCGAUCAUCGAAUCCCAACUGACGCGCAGGCUCGUCGCUUCCAAUCCCUUUCUGCCUACCAAAUACUUUGCCGCGCCGUUCACAGAAGUCAUCAUCAGCACCAUAAAGCCUGAAACGGACCUGAACACAUUCAACAAGAAUGCCCUGUGCACCUUGAUUGGAGUAGAACAUUUUGAAAGCUAUAAAGGAUGAAAGUUAAAUCGCGAUCACACGAUUGAAUCAGUGCUCACAAUCAACUACUUCCGCUAGAGGGAUCGUUCUGUACAUACGUAGGAAUCGUCAGUAGUGGAUCACCGGGAGAUAUUCAUAACUUUACUUGUCUGCAAAAUAUGAAUCAGGUCACGGAUCAUCUGAUAAAAACCAAGACGCUUACCUCCCGCUUUC